AUGGUUAGAAAGGGCGGUAUCGGAAAAUUAUAUCAAAUAUUAUGAUUAUUCCGGAUUCACAAAUAGGGAAGAAAUAAGCAGCGGAUCCUUUGGGAACGUUGCUCGCGUGAAUUGGAAGGAUUCCGAUACCGUUAUGGCUGUAAAGUAUUCGUAUAACCUAACUAUUAAGGAAAUCGUCAAUGAAGUAAAUAUGAUUACGAAUAUGAGAGGUUUGCUAUGA